ACCAAAAUGGCAACUAAUUAUAGUCUUGUAUUGGUAGCAUUAUUGAUGGUAACAUUGAGUUGCAUUACCUUUAGUUCCGCAAAGGUUUAUACAGUCGGAGACUCGGCUGGUUGGGCAUUAAGCAUUGAUUACGCGACUUGGGCUAGUGACAAAACUUUUAAAGUCGGAGAUAAACUUGUGUUCAACUACGAUAGUAGCCACACAGUGGAUCUAGUGAGCUCAAGCGACUACACAACCUGCGCGAUUGGCAAUUCCAUCGCGUCUUACAAUUCUGGCACCACCACCAUCCUUCUAAACACAACCGGGUCCCAUUACUUCAUAUGUGGUAUCAUGGGACAUUGUAGCGGCGGUAUGAAACUAACCAUUGAUGUUACGAGCAACGGGAGCCCCUUAGGAGCUCCUUUAGCCGCUCCAUCAACCAUAACAGCCGAUUCUCCCAUCACGACUCCUUUUGGGACUACCCUUCCUAACCCCAACGCAGUAACCGGGACUAAUAACCUUCCAGUUGAUAGCUCAUCUCUGGCCUUGUCAACGUUUGCGGCUGUUGUUUUCAGUUUGGUUGCAUUCUUGUCUCAAUUGAUUAUUGCUUGAGUUUUCUAGCCAGGAUAGAGGCAGUGCUCUUUAUUUCUUCUUAUUUCUUAUGGCAUUUA